GGGAGGAAAGCCUCAGUCACACCCCCCACUGCUGCAGCUCUGUCCUCCUCCCCAUUAGUGCUGUUCAAGCUUGGUCAUGUGACUAAGAGAUAAAGACGCUUUAUGUGGAUACUAGGCCUGUAUCCAAGCAACGUAUUCAUUACUUAGCAACGGUCUUAGAUCUAGGAUUGAGUAAUUUGACCUCUAUCGCAGACAGUAGUCCUAUGACAAGCAAGAACUCACGUUAAAUUGGUCCAGUCUGGAACAUAAUUGUAAUGAAACAGGCAGGGAGCAGGUCUCGAACCCUACACCUUCUAGCCCGAGGUCCGGCGCGCUAUCGACUGUGCCGCAAAAGCAUACUCGUGCGGCAGGGUCUUUACACUACUCCCUCCUUUCAAAGGGCGCGUCCUCGCGCUAGCUUGCGACUCUACGUCUUACAGGAACGCGCUCACCGGCCAAGCACACGCACUGUACAUCGACUCCCUUGCAGUCAUAUUGUAAGCCCUAUCGAGGAGCCGAACAAAAAUAAAUAUGCUUGAGUGUAUCUCAGUUCAUGUGGGUCAGGCUAGAGUCCAGAUGGGCAAUGCCUGCUGGGAGCUCUACUGCCUGGAGCAUGGGAUCCAGCCAGACGGACAGAUGCCCAGUGACAAAACCAUCGGCGGAGGAGAUGACUCCUUCAACACCUUCAGUGAGACUGUGGCUGGAAAGCAUGUCCCCAGGGCUGUGUUUGUGGACCUGGAGCCCACAGUCAUCGAUGAGGUGCGCACUGGAACCUACCGCUAGUUAUUCCAUCCUGAACAGCUCAUCACUGGCAAAGAGGAUGCUGCCAACAACUACGCUCGUGGACACUACACUAUUGGCAAAGAGAUCAUCGACCUGGUGCUGGACAGGAUCGGCAAACUGGCUGACCAGUGCACAGGCCUUCAGGGCUUCCUGGUUUUCCACAGCUUUGUAGGUGGCUCCAGCUCUGGUUUCACUUCCCUGCUGAUGGAGCGCCUGUCUGUUGACUACGGCAAGAAGUCCAAGCUUGAGUUCUCCAUCUACCCAGCUCCCCAGGUGUCCACAGCUGUGGUGGAGCCCUACAACUCCAUCCUGACCACCCAUACCACCCUAGAGCACUCUGACUGUGCCUUCAUGGUGGAUAAUGAGGCUAUCUAUGACAUCUGCCGUAGGAACCUCGACAUUGAGCGUCCUACUUACACCAACCUCAACAGGCUCAUUAGCCAGAUCGUUUCCUCCAUCACUGCUUCCCUUCGAUUUGAUGGUGCCCUCAAUGUUGAUCUGACAGAGUUCCAGACCAACUUGGUGCCCUACCCCCGUAUCCAUUUCCCUCUGGCCACCUAUGCCCCAGUUAUUUCUGCAGAGAAGGCUUACCAUGAGCAGCUAUCUGUGGCAGAAAUCACCAAUUCCUGCUUUGAGCCGGCUAAUCAGAUGGUGAAAUGUGAUCCUCGCCACAGCGAGUACAUGGCUUGUUGCCUUCUGUACCGUGGCGAUGUGGUGCCCAAAGAUGUCAAUGCGGCUAUUGCAACAAUCAAAACCAAACUUUCCAUUCAGUUUGUUGACUGGUGCCCAACUGGUUUCAAGGUUGGCAUCAACUACCAGCCUCCCACUGUAGUCCCUGGUGGAGACCUGGCCAAAGUCCAGAGGGCUGUGUGCAUGCUGAGCAACACCACUGCUGUGGCAGAGGCCUGGGCUCGGCUUGACCACAAGUUUGACCUGAUGUACGCCAAACGUGCUUUUGUGCACUGGUAUGUGGGUGAGGGUAUGGAGGAGGGAGAGUUCUCUGAGGCCAGAGAGGACAUGGCAGCCCUGGAGAAGGAUUAUGAAGAGGUAGGGGUUGACUCUGGAGAGGGUGAUGGACAGGAGGAUGGAGAGGAAUACUGAGUGUUCAUGCAAGGAUACCAUGGCUCCUAUAUCUUAUAAAAGCACAAUAAAAAAAGCAAUGCAUUUAUUUUUACGGUUUCAUAUUUAUUGUUGCUUGUUUAGGUUUAAAACACAUAGUGACAGUCACAGGGGAAAAAACAGUUGUCUCAUUGAAGAUUCACCAAUAAAAUGUGUUGAAAUUGUU